AUGGCUGACAAGAAGAAAGGUUUAUCCUUCAACAUGAAUUUAACAUAAGAAAACAUGAAAAAGACUGAAUCUGAUGUCGACAUCUUGAUUUUAUAACGUUUCAAAGAAUUAGUGCAAUAAUCUAAUUGCUUUGAUGAAUACAUUAGCCACGAUAAAAAGAUUUUCAAGAUUAUGCAAAAGAAUGUAGAUUUCAAGCUUGAAGAUUUCGAAACUAUCAGCGAAUUAGGUAGAGGUGCCUCAGGCAGAGUUUUCAAGGUUAAGCAUAAAGAAACAGGAAAGUUCUACGCUAAAAAGGAAAUUAGAAUAAAUGACGAUGAAAUGUUUUAAAAGUAGCUUAUCUGGGAAAUCAAAACACUCUUUUCUUGUAAUUCUCCUCAUAUUGUUCAAUAUUACUGUGCUUUCUAUACCGAAUGCAUGCUUCACUUGAUCCUUGAAUAUAUGGAUAUGGGUACUCUCGAUACUAUCUUGAAGAAGACCAAAUAAGUUAGCGAACCCAUCCUGAUUUACACCACUUAUCAAAUUAUCAAAGGUAUUCACUACCUACACAAAGAUCUUAAAAUUAUCCACAGAGAUCUUAAACCAGGUAACAUUCUAGUCAAUUCUGAAGGAGAAAUUAAAAUCUCUGAUUUGGGUAUUUGUGGUAAAGUUAACGGCACAAUGGAUUAAAAGAAUACCUUUGUUGGUACUACCAUCUAUAUGUCUCCUGAAAGACUCAAUGGAGACAGCUACACAAUGAAAACCGAUAUAUGGAGUGUAGGUCUACUUUUGAUUGAAUUUUCUGAAGGAAAACACCCCAUAUAAGCAUCAAAUAACUUCUUUGAAGUUUUAAACAAUAUUAUCGACUUCAAAAUCCCUCCUUUGAAAAAUAUUAACUCACCUGAAUUUACUAACUUUAUUGAAAUAUGCUUAAAGUCUGAUUAAAAUGAACGUGCCGAUAUCACUCAACUCUUAGAACAUCCUUUCUUAAGAAAGAUUAAAGGUAAAACUGCUUAGUUAAAACCUUUCUUUGUAAACUGGAUGAAGGUUGUCGAAAAAUGA